AUGUUCUUGACACGACUUCGAUCUCUGACAUUGCAUCUUUCACGUCCAACCGUUCGUGCAAGGCCUCUUUUUACAGCCCAUCAACCCCUCGUGUUCCCCACACCAACAAUCUACUCUCGAAAUAUGGCCACCGGAAAUACUGACAAGAUCACCGAUUGGGUGAAACCCGGCGACAAGUCCGGCGAGUUCAAGCGUCAAGCAUCCGUCUUCCGGAACUGGAUCUCAAGAGAGGCUGGAGCCCAAUUUCCUCCCGAGAACGGCCGCUACCAUCUAUAUGUCUCGUAUGCUUGUCCAUGGGCUCACCGGACUUUGAUUACUCGGAAGCUCAAGGGCCUCGAGGACUUCAUUUCUUUUUCUUCGGUGCACUGGUAUCUCGGAACCGACGGUUGGCGAUUCGCUACUUCCGAUGAGAAAUUGCCAGGAGAGAACACCAUUCCUGACCCUUUGCACCCGGAUUUCACCCAUAUCCGACAGAUCUACUUCUCCAAUGACCCAGAAUAUACCGGCCGGUUUACCGUCCCAGUUCUCUUCGACAAGAAGACCAAGAAAAUUGUUAGCAACGAGAGCGCCGAAAUCAUCCGUAUGCUUUACCAUGAAUUCGACGACCUCCUCCCAGAGCAAUACAAAAAAGUCGACCCAUUCCCCAAAGCUCUCCAAGCCGAGAUCGACGCCUCCAACGAAUGGAUCUACAAUGACGUCAACAACGGUGUAUACAAGUCCGGCUUCGCAACCACACAAGAAGCCUACGAGAAAGCGGUAACGACGCUCUUCUCCUCGCUCGACAGGAUCGAAGCCCACCUCGCCAAGCAAGAAGCAGCCGCGAAGCCGUAUUUCUUCGGCAACGAGAUCACCGAGGCGGACAUCAGACUCUACACUACCAUCAUUCGCUUCGACCCGGUCUACGUGCAGCAUUUCAAGUGCAAUCUGCGCGAUAUCCGCUCUGGCUUCCCGGCUAUCCACCGCUGGGUUCGCAAGCUUUAUUGGGAUGUUCCCGCUUUCCGGGAUACCACGGAGUUUGAGCAUAUCAAGUUCCAUUACACUAAGAGUCACAAGCAGAUUAAUCAGUUUGCUAUCACCCCCCUUGGGCCUGUGCCUGAUAUCCUGCCUAAGGACGAGGAAGUUAGGGCAGUGCAGGGAGCUGAAUAA